AUGGCUGCUGGAGUGAUAAGAUCUGUCUGUGGCUUCCGGCUGCCCCUACCAUCACACAAGUCCUUCCUGUUCACAGACCUGGAGGCUACAGAAACUUCUGAAGAGGAGGAGGGAGAGGAAGAAGAGGAGGAAGAAGAGGAGGAGGAGGAGGAAGAAGAGGGAGACCAAGACCUGCAAGGUGAGGGGUCACAGGGCUGCAGCCCAGACUCUCAGAGCUCAGGAGUGGUCCCUCAGGGUCCCAGCAGCCCUGAGACCCCAGUGCAGCUGCUGCGCUUCUCAGAGCUCAUCAGUGGUGACAUUCAGCGGUAUUUUGGACGCAAGGACACAGGGCAAGACCCAGAUGCCCAAGACAUCUAUGCUGACAGCCAAGCAGCCAGCUGUUCUGCCCGGGAUCUGUACUAUGCUGAUCUGGUAUGCCUGGCCCAGGAUGGGCCCCCAGAGGAUGAGGCGGCAGCUGAGCUCAGGAUGCAUUCACCUGGGGAGCCUGAGGGUCAGGUGCACAGGCUGGGCCACAGAGGAGACAGGGUGCCACCACUGGGCCCCCUGGCUGAGCUCUUUGAUUAUGGCCUUCGGCAGUUCUCUAGGCCCAGAGUAUCAGCUUGCCGAAGACUGAGGCUGGAGCGGAAGUAUAGCCACAUUACCCCCAUGACCCAAAGAAAAUUGCCUCCAUCCUUCUGGAAGGAGCCUGUACCCAACCCACUAGGCCUACUGCAUCCGGGCACACCAGAUUUUAGUGAUCUGCUGGCCAGCUGGUCUGCUGAGGGUGGCUCUGAGCUGCAGAGUGGAGGCACCCAAGCUCUGGAGGGGACACAGCUGGCCGAGGUCUAGUGAGUAGGUGAGUCAGGAGUGUGCUGGGGCAGCAAUGGCCUUUUCUACCUUCAGAACAACCCAGCACCUCCUUCUGUAGCACAGGUCCUGCCCUACCUAGUAGGUCUAUCUAAGUAGUCAUGCAGUUACCUCUCCCUCAAGAGGAGAGCAGGCCCAAGAGGAUCUGAACUUACCCCAAGUGUCUGGAACUGUUGCCACCAGCACUGAAAAAGACAGGGAGACAGGGAGACAGAGAGA